GCCGGCGCCAAGGGGCGGCCUCUAGCCACACCGAGUCCGCGGCGGCGUCCAGGGUCGGCAGCGACCGCAGCCGAGCCCGAGCGGGUGGCGGCGCCAUGGCGUGCGCGGGGCUGCUCACCGUGUGCCUGCUCCGGCCGCCCGCGCCCCAGCCCCAGCCCCAGCCCCAGACCCCGCGGCACCCCCAGCUCGCGCCCGACCCGGGGCCCGCCGGACACACGCUCUUCCAGGACGUUUUCCGCAGAGCAGACAAGAAUGAUGAUGGGAAGCUCUCAUUUGAGGAAUUCCAGAAUUACUUUGCCGAUGGGGUUCUCAGCCCGGGGGAGCUGCAGGAACUGUUCAGCGGCGUUGAUGGGCAUCUCACUGACAAUUUAGAAACAGAAAAACUGUGUGACUACUUCUCAGAGCACCUGGGUGUUUACCGGCCGGUGCUGGCUGCAUUGGAAUCGCUGAACCGUGCAGUGCUCGCUGCCAUGGAUGCCACCAAGCUGGAGUAUGAGAGGGCCUCCAAAGUGGACCAGUUUGUGACACGCUUCCUGCUGCGGGAGACGGUGAGCCAGCUGCAAGCCCUGCAGAGCUCGCUGGAGGGGGCGUCAGAUACCCUGGAGGCCCAGGCCCAUGGCUGGCGGUCAGACGCAGAGAGCGUGGAGGCGCAGAGCAGGCUCUGCGGCAGCCGGCAGGCAGGACGCCGAGCCCUGAGGAGUGUCAGCCGGUCAUCCACCUGGUCCCCCGGCUCUUCUGACACAGGGCGCAGCUCAGAGGCCGAGAUGCAGUGGCGGCUCCAGGUGAACCGCCUCCAGGAGCUCAUCGACCAGCUUGAGUGCAAGGUGAGGGCCGUGGGGCCAGGGCCCCACAAGGGAGGACCCUCCUGGUAUCUGCCAGAGCCAGGCCCAUGCUGGAGGCCCGGCCCACACUCUGUGCCCUCACAGGCCCCCCGGCUGGAACCCCUGCGUGAAGAGGACCUGGCCAAGGGGCCUGACUUGCACAUCCUCGUGGCCCAGAGGCAGGUCCAGGUGGCAGAGGAAGGCCUGCAGGACUUCCACCGAGCCCUGCGCUGCUACGUGGACUUCACAGGGGCCCAGAGCCAUUGUCUGCAUGUGUCCGCCCAGAAGAUGCCGGAUGGUGCCUCCUUCACCCUGUAUGAGUUCUGGCAGGAUGAGCCCUCCUGGAGAAGGCACCAGCAGUCGCCUGGCAGCAAGGCCUUCCAGCGCGUCCUCAUCGACCACCUGCGGGCCCCGGACACCCUCACCACUGUGUUCUUCCCAGCCUCCUGGUGGAUAAUGAAUAACAACUGAGCCAGACCUGCACACGCCGAGGGCCCCGGGACCCUGCCUGCCUCCCUCUGGAGCCUUCUGGACUGGCCAGCCCAGCGCAAAGACCAGGGCUUGUCUCCUCCUGGACUUGGGCCUGGUGGAAGGGCUCUCAGCCCAGGGAUCAGGGACUGGGCUGCUUGCUUUCUAUUUAUUAUUGAUUUAUUUAUCCCUGUAUUUUAUUGUUUGUCACUUCAGCCUCCAAGCUACUUUGGCUUCUGCCUGGCUCAGGAGACCUGGAUUCUGGUCCCUGCUGUCCCUGCCUGGCUGAGCGACCCAGGGCAGGUCCCGUCCCUGUCUGGGUGGGCCUCGGGCCAUCUGGCCGCCUAGCGAGGGUCCUGCUUUCUUCCUGCUGUCUUGGGACCAGGCUUCUGCUCCUCCUCAGCCAGCGGCAGAAGCAGGGCUGAUGCUCAGGGACCCCCCCAACCCCUCAAACCUUGCCUCCGAGGCUGGGCCUGACCUGGGUGCCCCUGUCGCCCUCCCAGGCCACUAGGCUCUGACUCUUCCAGCACCCAUGGAUGUGCCAGAGGCCUCUGGGUUGGUUUGCAUGUCAUUUGCAUAUCGUUUGCAUGCCCUCACCCCACCCAUUCUCAGGGCAGUAUGGGAAGCCCCAAGGUGACCUGGCCAAGUAGCAAUAAUUUGGGUCCAGGGUCACCUAUUGCCCCCAGAGGCCUCUGAACCCCAGGCUGGGACCCCAGCACAGAGGCAAUAAAGGCAGUGGUCCCUUCCA